UCCCAGUUGUAAACAGGCGCUCAAGGAGGAGACAUGUACUCUAUACACGUACCGUAGUAGCAAAAUACACUGCAAGUAACGUUUCAUCUGGUACUGUGGCGGUCGCGUGUAGGGAAUGGACAACUAUAUCGCGGGUUUACCUUUCUCGACUGCCGAGUUUGCUCGUGCGGAAAGCCGCUCCGGAUCGUCGUUAGGAUCGUUAGGUUUCCCGGACUAUUCAUCUCCACGCUACGUGCUAUAUCAGGAUGGGUCUUGUCAGGCAGAGAACCUGCUGUUGCCAUCAUCUGGCUCUGAACAGCUUAUUCCGGCCACCUUGCACUUGUCACCUGGCGGAGCUUGCUUCGUUGUCGAAUAUGACCAAGACGAAGGCAGGUUGGAUCGUACGAGCGUCCUAGGAACUGCAAAGCUGUCGCCAUUGCGGUCGCGCUUAGCUUCACGUCCUCAAUCUGCUGACUUAACGCGCGCCUUUCGCAAUCGGUCUCCAUCUCCGGAUAGGCGAAGUAGCUAUUUUCGCGAAUCCUUCCUGGGGCCGACAUCUCUGGAUAAGCCUUCUAAUUUAGGGAUGAACUGGGGGGAGCGUGACGGGGAAAAGAGAAGACAUUUGACAGCAACUGUGACAAGUAAAUUUCGGAGCGCGGUGUUAAACCUUUUAAACUUCAGGAACACGUACUAUGAGAAACCCUUUCUUCAUGCGGCUCUCCUAGAAAAGGAUGUCCUAAUGCAAACGCUGCAGACAAAUACGGAAAUAAAAUACUCUCGGUGGCCGGUCGCAUCCUCGGAGCUAAUCUCACGUUCACCGGAAGGCAGUUUGACAAUCGCAAGCAUUGACGGAUCCAUACAGUUAAUACUUUUACCGCACCGGCAAACAUUUACUGUGAAGUUUCCGUCCCUAGUAGCCGAUCCUGAUGGUUUGGUCACAAAAUUGAGGGGAAGUCGAGUCCCGUACAAAUUUGUAUAUCUGUGGAUUGAGCAAACAUUCUCCGUGCGAGAUGCACCAGAGCUUUGGCAAUACCCUUUAGCUCUCUUGCUGAAGCAGUGUGGAGAUUCCUCUACGCUUCUGUAUGAGGAUAUCUGUGUCAACGCAGAGGAAGACAAUUAUGUGACGACGAUUUUGCCAUCAUGUGGUGAAUCUUCUCCAUCUGCCGCUGAGAAUUCAUCAUUUCGACCAUCUCGUGCAGUACAUAAUGAUAUAGCAAAUCCUAAACCCAUUCGGAUCUUAUGGACACCUACGGCGGUGUAUCGAGUCGUGGCCCUUGGCAAGAACGAUAUGUGCUUGCAGUCGAUAUCCCCAAGUUUCUCUUCUUUGGAUAUACAAGUUGAGGCGACACUACCUGAGGAUGGAACAGUGAUGAGAGCCAUUGAAGACCUAAAGUAUAUGGUGGUAUACUACAAUUCUGCAAUGGAUGACAUGUCCGGUGAGGGGGAAAUGUAUGCUUUACAAGGUGCGCCGCCUUUCAUUAGGGAGCCCAAUACAGGCACCAGCUAUCCUCUCUCUGUUAUAAGCGCAGAGAUGCUGAGGCUAGUUCAGGUUGCGUAUCGUUCCAUCGCGGCGCGUCCUAAGCAUCCUAUUCCAGUAAGAAGCGGGAAACUGGAAGGGACGGCAACUGUCCCAGGCUUGGGAACCUUUACGGCGUAUUCUGGGGGAUAUGUCAGAGCAUUAUAUGAAAACGGUGUAGUGGUCGAAGCUCAGAAAGCCCCCUCCAUUGCACAUGUAACGUUUCCGGACGGGGACGUUGUGACUGUCCGUUGCGAGAAGCCCGUCGGUUGCGAGAGAUACGUAGUCCCCGUCUUACAGUUUGCCAAAGAGGUCUGGGAAAGCAACGAGAUGAAAUUGAAGAGGCAGGAAAGUAAGAUGAGAGCAAUGGAUCUGGCUGCUGGGUGUAUACAAAGAUGCAGAACCUACUUGGAGGAGAAGCAAGCCAUCAAGGAUUCAUCAGACCCAGAUUGUAACCAUAAAUACAGGCCGAGAAUAGCGGAUAUCGUGGCUCGAAAUAGAGAUUAUGUACAGAGAGAUGUGAAAACAAACCUGUAGAUAGUUAGUAGAUGAGAAAGUUGCGAAUAGGCAUGAUACUCAACACAAUACGUGAUUACCCCGAGUAGGCACUUCUGGUCAAAAAAGAAGUGUGUAUACUAAGUAUACUAACAGUCCUCAAAAGGAGUACGUUUGGGUAAUGUUUGAUAACAGCGGACUCGAUAAAUAGGCCGUCACAUGGAAAGGUUUAUAUUAUUCAAAAUGACUUUCACAUGCGAGAUGGACAUUGGUCGUUUUAUCAAUAAAAUUAGCUCGGAC